GGCCGACUUCCAAAGCUGGACUGACUGCGUAAGUAAAGUGCACUGAGCAGUAGAAGAACUGCCGAGGAAGUCGCGCGGUUCGCUUGCUUUCCUGGGAGAUACUACUGAAGCGGUGGUGGGCGACUGCGUGCAGCGCGCGGCCAUUUCGCGCUCUCGCCGUGUCGCAUGCAGAGCGCGAGUUGUUCAAUCUGCGGGAUUCUGUGCGCGACGUUGCCAAGAUUAUCCCACGUAGUGACGUCAUUGAUGGGGGGUCACGUGUUUUUUUUGCUCCGUUUUGAAAAUGUUCGUUCUCUGUAUACAUAUAUGUGCUAUAAUAGGAUACAGCACGCGAUAAUGGAUUUUUGGCUUGUUAUUUUUGAAGUUUUGUUUGGAAAAUAGUUUUGCAAAUUGGUUAUCUCGGCUUUUAAUUCUACAGCGGAACAAAAUUUAUGCCCGAAAAUAUAGCGAAAGAGCUAAAUGUCGUGAUAAUAAGUAUUAUAUGACUGUAACGAAGUACGACUAAAACAUCUAAACAGUAUUAGGAUACGUGUUCGAAAGCUCGCGCCAAAGGUGCGCAGUCAACAAACAAAAAUCAGCCCCAAUCACGCAGCCUACGUAAUUCCCCCGUGCACACCUGCCAGUAGCGACGCGUUCCACACACAGACGAUAUCACGGAAUAACAGCAGCUGCAGCCUAGCAUCAGUGCACGAGAACCUACCCCCCCCCUACAGCACCUAUACCUAUAGCUACAUACAUACAACACAUAUAAAGCUGCUCUCGCGCGAGUAAUAUGGCGAGAUGAUCGACGUCGAGCGAAUUAGCUUAGCGAAAAUAUGUUAGCGACUUGACAUGACCAUAGCGCGUUCCCGGACAACUUCGCGAAUCAUGUUCAUGGAGGUUCUCUUUCGAGUUUUUCUGGCGAUCAUCAAUAUAGAGCUGGAACACGUCGAACCCUUCAAUAGAAAAAUUCACGAGAAUGAGUUAUGGUUGUACAAAAAUCCUCGAGUCGAUUCCUAUGUUUCCCCAACUGCGUUGUGGGCAGUGAUAAUUAUCGUUCCACUAGUAGUUAUUGCGUUAACAUUACUGUUUCAAAGGGAAGAAGGUGACUUCUCCCAGGCUGUAUUAUCUUUCACGCUGUCACUAGGCUUUACUGGAGUAUUAACAAAUAUAUUAAAAAUAAUUGUCGGUAGGCCAAGGCCAGACUACUUCUAUAGAUGUUUUCCAGAUGGGCAAGUCAAUUUUGAAUUCGAAUGCACAGGUGAUCCAGUUGCAAUAAGAGAUGGAAAAAAGUCAUUUCCAAGCGGACACUCGUCGUUGGCUUUCUCAAGCUUUGGCUUCGUGGCUCUGUACUUAGCUGGUAAGCUUCAUACGUUCAGUUGGAACGGCAAGGGACAGUCUUGGAAACUCUUCCUAUUUCUGCUUCCUCUUGGCACAGCACUUACGAUAGCAGUUAGUCGCACCUGCGAUUAUCACCAUCACUGGCAAGAUGUGAUGAUGGGCUCAAUAAUGGGCUUUCUGCUGACCUUCCUCUGUUACCGGCACUACUAUCCACCACUGGACUCUUUAGUUUGUCAUAAACCUUAUGCUUCACUUAUUAAUCAUGUGGAAUCAAAAGAACUCAAAACAACGAGGAUAGAAUUGAGCAAGUGGACAUAAGUGAACAUAAUGGAGAUUUUAUUUUUGCACCAAGUCGCCUUGGUGCCGACCUUCUUGUACAUAAAUGUAUGAUUAUUGUUUCCAAAGUAUUUUUAUCAUUUAAGACACAAGUAUUUUGUAUAAAAGGAAAAUGCAUGAAUAACCAAACGAAGACUCGGUAUAUUGUCGAAACAUAUAUCGAAAUUUUAAAUAAAAAAAAGCGUUAUUAUCA